CAGAUUACAGAAGAAAAGUGUAAACAUCCUUAGAGGGGGGAUAGCCUACGGUGUUGUUUUAUUCAACGUUUGUUUAUAUACUGUUUAUCCGUGGAUGACAGACAUUUUCCCAAUAAUCGGACUGAGUGUAUUAUAGUAUUUUUUUUUUCGUAGAGAACGUUUAAAAAAAAAAAAUCUGAAUACAACACUACCACACGUAUUCUGGAGCAACCAAGCAUGAUCGCUGAUGGUUUAUGAGCGAGACGCUCCUUUUUUCGUUAAAAGUUGUUGCAUCUAUUUUUGGCUACUUCACUAUGGCCACUCUGACGAGACAGGACCUUAAUUUUGGGCAGGUUGUUGCUGACAUUCUGUGUGAGUUUUUGGAAGUGGCCAUUCACCUCAUUCUCUAUGUCAGAGAUGUUUAUCCAUCUGGUAUCUUUCAGAAAAGGAAGAAAUACAACGUACCUGUGCAGAUGUCAUGCCAUCCAGAUUUAAAUCAGUACAUUCAAGACACGCUGCAUUGUGUCAAGCCACUGAUAGAGAAGAAUGAGGCUGAGAAGGUUGUAGUGGUGAUCAUGGAUAAAGAGCACCGUCCAGUGGAGAGAUUUGUAUUUGAGAUCUCACAGCCUCCACUGCUGUCCAUCAGCUCAGAGACUCUGCUGUCUCAUGUGGAGCAGCUACUGAGAGCGAUUAUCCUAAAGAUCAGUGUGUGUGAUGCUGUUCUAGACAACAAUCCUCCAGGAUGCACAUUCACAGUGCUUGUUCACACCAGGGAAGCUGCCACAAGAAACAUGGAGAAAGUUCAGGUCAUCAAGGAUUUUCCAUGGAUUGUAGCAGAUGAGCAGGAAGUUCACAUGGAAGAGGCAAAACUCAUUCCUCUAAAAACAAUGACUUCUGAUAUUCUCAAGAUGCAGCUCUAUGUAGAAGAAAAAACACAGAAAACUUGAUGCUCUGCAAGUGGAUCACGUGAAAGCAGCUGGAGGGGUGUAACACAGGAAACAGGAACCGAUUUUUUUUUUUUAAGUGAAAACAGACUUGUUUAUGCGGUUUGGUAACAUGAAGUAUAUUGAGCUGGACUGUGCAUCUUGUUAAGUAAGCAGAAUUAAUGUUUAUCAGAAUGUCUUGUGCCUCUAUUUCAUUUUUAGCACUUGGUUGCUUAAGAUCUGUCAUUGUGCUGAAACUGUGUUUAAUUUUUUUAAACAGUUUUGUAAUCUUUCACUGCCUCUGCUUACCUCUGUCAUGACACCAGAUGCUUGUUCACAAAGUGUUUACAGUGUGGUUGGGAGCACACAAAGUUUAAAAGAUUAAUGUUUUGAAACUGCUUUUACAUUAGAUUAAAUUUAUGAUCGUUUGUCUCUAA